GUGAAUGAAAAAAAUAUGGCUGAUGAAGAAUCAUUUGAUAAUGAAAUGAACAAUAAUGAUGAUGUCGAUGACGACGACGACGACGAUGAUGAUGGUGAUGGUGAUGAUGAUGAUGCAGAUGAUGAUGAUGAUGAUGGUGAUGGUGAUUCAGUAUGUAGUGAAACCGAUUUACCCUUGAUUACCGAUGAUGAUGCAAUUGGAAUAUCUAUUAAAUCCGAAGUGAUUGAUUCAAAUGAAAAUCCGACUAGUAGUCAAUCAGUUUCUACUAUUGCUAGUUGUCAUACGAAUAAAAUUCAUGUUGAUGAUGAUGAUGAUGAAAAUGCUAAAUCAAUUGUUUUCAAAUCUGAAGAAGAUACUACUAGUCCAUCCACAUCCACGGCAAUGUCAUCAUCAGUGACAACAGCAACAAAACGAACAUCUGGACGUUUACGUAAAGAUGGAAAAGUGCCUAUGCAUGCAAAAAAUCUAUUUCCUGGUCGACCAGGUCGAAAUAAUCGUCCUAAAAGAAAAUUUGCUCAGAAUCUGAUUUUAAAUUUUUCUGACAACAAUUCAUCAAUGACAAUGAUCAAACAGGAAUCGACUACAAAUCAAGAAGAGAAUUUAGUUCCGAAACAGCAACAACAACAAUCAGAACAAAAAUCUAUCUUAUCAUCGACAUCGGUUGAAUCAACAUCAAUAAAUGAACCAAACAUUACCGAUAGUGGCGAGCUAAUAGUAUCGAAUCCAUUGGACUCUACUGCCACUAUUGGCGAUCCAGAGAUAUCAUCAUUAGAAUUAAUACCCGAAACAUCUGUUACAACUGAAUCAUCAAUCAUAUCAUUCACUGCUCCAUCAAUUGAGAAUGAUCCAUCCACUGUUAUGAAUAUGGUGGAAACUGCUGCCCCUAUGACUCCUUUGAAUUCAGAAGAGAAAAUAGUCACAGCUAAAAAGAAACUUAAUCUUCCAGGUAAAAUUAAAGGAAAAUUGAGCGGCAGUCGACGAAAUAAAACAAUUGAAUAUCGAAAAAAACGUGGGCCGAAAGGCAAAUUCAAAACAUUCUCGACCGUAGCAUUAUCAUCAUCUUCUGCGUAUUCUUUAUUCAAUGGUCCUGCUGGUAGUGCUGGUGCUGGUUAUCAGUCUACCACUGCAACCACUUCUUCCAAUUUAACUAAUGUCAUAACAACUAUCGAUAAUAGCCAAGAUGAUUCCGGUAUCGAGAAUAAAAUCAUUCUUUGCUCAAGCAAAGAUCAUUUUGUAUUAAGUCAAGAUGUUUGCGUUAAUUGUGGAAGUUUAGGUCAAGGUGAUGAAGGACGCCUUAUUGCUUGUGCUCAAUGUGGCCAAUGUUAUCAUUUGUUUUGUGCUCAAGAUAAUCAACCAACCAAAGUGACAAAAACAAUGCUCAAUAAAGGUUGGCGAUGUCUCGAAUGUACUGUAUGUGAAGGUUGUGGGAAAGCAACCGAUGAUUCUAGGCUUCUUUUGUGUGAUGAUUGUGAUAUCAGCUAUCACACCUAUUGUCUGGAUCCUCCACUUGAAGAAGUUCCACAAGGAACCUGGAAAUGUCAAUGGUGUGCCAUUUGUACGAAUUGUCGUUCAACAUCGCCUGGUUAUCGAUCUCAAUGGCAAGAGAAUUAUACUUUAUGUGGACCAUGCGCUAGUCAGAAGAAAUGUUCAUCCUGUAAAUCAAAUUAUGAUGAAAAUGAUUUGAUUAUUCAAUGUAUACAAUGUCAACGAUGGCUACAUUCUAAAUGUGAUUCCAUGUUUGACGAAAAUGAAUGUGAGAUAGCAUCCAGUAUUGGCUAUCAAUGCCUUAAUUGCCGUCCAACCAAUGAACCACCUCCACAUAUUCAAGCCCGUAAAAAUGGGACAUUGAGAUCUAUAUUCAAUAAAAAACGUGCCGAAGAACGAAAUGAUCUUGAAUUGAUGAAGAAAAGUGAACAACAGCAGCAACAGAAAGAAAUUCCCAGUGGUUUAGAUGGUGAUUCAAAUAAUCGUGAAGAUUUAAAUUGUCAAACAAAUGCAGUUAAAUUUCUAUCAAAAUAUCAUUUGGUCGAUGGUGUCUAUCUUUCGGAAACCGGGUUGGCUAUGAUUAAAUCACAAGCAAUUGAACAACCGAAAAAGACACGAACUAAACGCAAGAAUAAAGAUGAUCAACAACAACAACAAGAUGAGCAACAAGUUUCCAAUGGUGGUACUAAAGAUCAGGACAUCACUGAAAAUGGACCAUCCAACGAUAAUGAAAGUGAAGAAGAAAAGAAAAAACGAUUACGACGUUUACGGCUCGAUAAAUUAGGCAUUGGUGGUUUUCUUAUUAAACAACGUGGCCGUUUUAAUUUCAAUAAAGAUGAUGAUGAAACAAGUCAAGAUAAUAAUGAAUCAAGAUCUACGACACCUGAAAAUCCUGCUGGUGAAGGUAGUCGACGUAGACGUCGUAGAAUGAAUAAAAAGAAAAAUCAAUUGCAAGAUCAAUAUCCAAGUUAUUUACAAGAGGCAUUUUUUGGUAAAGAAUUGCUUGAUGUUAUUACCACUUCAGCAUCUUCAUCUACCUCAGUGAAUCCGAGUGCGAAUAAAUCAGCAGAAGAAAUGUUUGAUGAAAAAGAAUCAAAUGAUGAAGAUAAUGAAAUUGAUGAACAAAAUUUAAUAGGAAAAGAUGCUAUCGUUGAUUUGAAUUCAUUAGAUCUAGGCUUUGCAGAAAACAAAACAAAUGCAUCGUCGACUGGAACGCAAAACAAUGCAAAAAACAAUGAUGAUCUCAACUUUUUCGAUGAAAAUUUUGCAGUCGAUGAUUUAAUGUCUCCUGUGGACGCAUUUGUCGAAAUGUUCAAUGAUGAAAAUGAAUUGCUUAAUGAAUUAUCUGCUGGUGAUCCUACUGUUAACGAUGAAGUUGUCACUGUUGGUGAUGAUAAUGUCAUUGUAAACAAAUCAGAUGAUGUUGUAGUUUCUAGCCAAACCAAAAUAACUACUAUGGAUGAUAUCCUGGAUCCUGGAUUUAAUUUUGAUGAUGGGUUACCUCAGAUGAACAGUAAAGAUGUUGAAGAUUUUCUUGUCAUGUCAAAUAAUUCAUUACCAGAUUCAUUAUCAGAUGUUGUUGUACCACCACCACCACAAGUAGUAGUCGAAACACCAACAGCUCCACAUCCAACACUUCAUGUUCCUAUUACAUCUCAACAACAAGCCAUGACUCCUGAAAUGAUACAUAAUCCACCACCACAAAUGAAUCCUAUUGUUAGACCAAAUCUUGAACAACCAGAUAUGUCUAUGAUGCAUUCAUCGACAAAAUCCGAUUUAUCGGAAUCAUCCGCGCCUGUAACGCCAAUAAGUAAUGAUUCAUUGUCCAAUAUUCAUCAACAAUUUUCAAAUACAUUUGACAGUCUUCCUACACAUCAUCCACUUCCUCCUCCUGUUAAUAAUCAUACAAUAGUUCCAAAUGGGCCACCACCACCUUUUAAAAUGUCAUCGAAACCUCGUUGCCAUCAACAGCAACAACAACAACCACCUCCUCAUACAGAUAAUUAUUAUCCAAUGCAACAACAAAUGGCUUCUAAUAUAAAUGUUUCAUCGGAACAAGAUACAGAGACUACAUCACAAGGUCAGAAGAAUUAUGUGAAAUGGGAAGCAGAAGAAGCUUUAGGUCGAUAUGCCACAAUAUCAGCUGUACUUUAUGCUAAUAUUAAUCAUCCAAGCUUGAAACAUGAAUUUCCUGAAUGGUCUAAUCGUUUGAAACAGAUACAUAAAAUUUGGCGUCAAUUAUCUACUGAACAACGACAACCAUGGUUACAAAUGGCACGUGAUAAUCGUUCUGCACAGAAAAAGAAUCAAGCAGAAAUGAUCAAUAAAAUAAAUACGGACAAUAGUGGAAACAAUAAUAAAAAGAUGGAAGCCGAUAAACAAUGGAAAUCACAACAACAAGAUGUAAUGAUUAUGAAUAAUCCAAUGUCUAGUCAAACCAAUGAAAUGAGCGGAAGUGGAUAUCCACCACCACUACCACCACAUGGUAAUCCGUCCAACAGCGGCGGUGAUUAUCAUACCAAAAUGUAUGCUUCACCACCCAUUGGACCAAUGUCUCAAAUGUCACCAAAUCAAAUGAUGCAACAACAGCAACAACAACAACAACCACCUGUAGCUAAUCAACAGCAAUCGCCCCUUCAUCAUCCGCAUCCCAUGAGUCCAAUUAUGCAUUCUCCUCGUUUAAGACCUUUUACAAGUGGUACAGAUGUAGUGGGUGGUUAUCCACAACAACAACAACAACAACAGCCUACAAUAACACCGCAACACAUGAUUCGACCACCAUUUUCACCCAGUCAUCAAUCAUCACCUAAUAUUCCAUCACAUCCAUCUGACCAAUGCCAAUAUCAAUCAAUGUCACCUGGUCAACGACCACAAAGUGCCGAUCUUCAACAACCACAUCCAUCGCCUUACGUACAACAACCUUCGACACCUAACCCAUAUACUACACCUGUACGAACGCCAUUUUCACCAUCUGGUCAUCAUCAGCCUGGAACACCACAUCCACAAGAUCCUUAUGCAUCGAUGCCACCCAGUGUAACACAACCUAUAGCACCGUUAACUCCUGAUUCAUCAUCAUCACCAUAUGGUCAAAUGCAACAGCAUCAAUCAUCGAUGGCUCCUUCAACACCACAACCUCAAUCGCCUGCUCAAUUGGCUCAACAAUCUCCGUUAAGCAAUGUACCAGAUAAUUCAAUGAUAUAUGCACGGUCGCCACGACCAGUAACUGUUAGCAGCAAUCCAGUUCCAUCCAAUCAACCGAUGCGUGGCCAUUCAUUUGAUGAGAGUUUUGGACAACAACAACAUAAACAGCCACGAUCUGAUCAAAUUUAUGCUUCCAACAAUCCUCAACAUCAAACAACCGCUUAUUCACCGCAAUACAUGCCACAACAACAACAACAGCAACAGAAUCCUUAUCAAAAUGAUUCAUAUAAUAACAUGAAUAGCCCAGUAACUUGCCAAGCAGAUACUGGUAUCAAAGUUCAGAUGAUGAGACCAGGACCUUCGAUUCAUCGUCCUCCACCUCCACCUCAACAACAACAACCCGCACCCCCAAUGAUACGUCGUGCCUUAUCUGAUCCAUAUAAUACCACUGGUAUGUCUGUAAAUACGAUUCGUUCACAAUAUAAUCAACCACCUAAAAUAGAUGAGAAUGAUGGUAAUAACAAACAACAUCUUCGAAACUUGCUUCAAGUUCAUCAGAUGCGUCGAGCUGAUUCAUCACCAUCUGCAUCUUCUAAAUUACCACAACAGCAACAACGGCCACCAAUGUGGUCGGAUCAACAACAAACACUCAAUAAUUUUCGACAACCAAUGUCACCAGCUAUGGCUCGUCCUCGAAUACCUAUUCAGCAGCAACAACAACAACAGCAACAGCCAUAUCCAUUAGAUCAAAAUCAUCAGCAACAAAAUUUUCGAUUCAGAUCAAAUAUCGAUAAUUCUCAACAACAACAACGAACAAUGACUAUGGUUGCUCCAGGAUUACAGCAACAUCGACCCGAUUUGAUUCGAUUUCCUCAUCAACAGCAACAACAACAACAACAACAAUCACCAAAUACGUCAUCACAGCAACAACAGUUUGGUGUACGAUUUUCAUCACAACAGCAACUUGGAAAUCCCAGACAACAACAGCAGCAAUGGAAUAGUGGUGGUGGACCAGCUCCACCGAUGAAUCCACAUUCUCACGUUGUACCACCCCCACCAUCUCCAAUGUCUCAAUCAUCUUCAGCACCAAAUGUUUCAAUGCAACCAUUGCCAUUACCAUCAUCAUCUAAUAUUAAAUCAGAAAUGUCUCAUCAUGAUGUAGAAAUGUUGAAAUCACAACCACCACCAUCAACAGCGAUUAGCGGUGUAGUAGAAACCGUGGAAGAAACUUGUGUCGAUUCUUUAGCUGUUGAUGAUGAUGAACUGUUACAGCUUGGUAAUGAUUUUAACAUUUUAGAAUAUGCUGAUCCAGAUGCCAGUGUAGAUGGUAAAAGUAACAUUUUCGAUGAAUUGGAUGAAAAAGAUGAUAUGCUUUCCAGUGAAAAUAAAGAUAAAACUCAGAAUCCAUCUGAGAGAAAAAAUUCCAUUGAUAUUACAAAGAAUGAAAAUGUAGAUCAGCAACAACAACAACAACAAGCUCAUUCUUCGACAACAGUUCCAUUCCAUCAACGACAACAACAAACGCAGCUACAGCAGCAGCCCCCACAACAACAACAACAACAACAGCAACCACCACGAAUGGUCAGACCAGAAUCACAACAACAACAACAACAACAGCAGCAGCAGCAACAACAGACGCAAUAUUUUGGUUCAGAUUCUCUAUUAAGUGAUGAUGAUUUUGAACGAUUAAAAAAUGAUUUCCUUAGUGAUUCAUCGGAACAUCAACCGCCGCCUGGUCAUUCUCAUGGUCAAAUGCAACAACAAUUACAACCAAAUGUAUAUCCACAGGUCCAACAACAACAACCUGGCAUGAUGCAACCGAAUUCAAUGAUGCAGAUACAGAAUCCUAUGGCUCCUCAUCAACAACAACAGCCACCACCACCGCAAAUGUUGCAUCCACAGCAACGACAACAAUAUAAUCCAAAUACAGGUGGAUGGCCACAACAAAAUCGAUUACCAUAUCAACAGCAACCACCAUCACAACAACAACAACAACAACGGAUGCAUAUUCGAAUGUUACAACAACCACCACCACAUCCACAAGGAAUGAUGGGACGGCCACAUAUGACUCCAAUGUAUUCUAAUACCGGUCCAGCUGGUGGUCAACGGAUCAUGUUACAGCAACAAUCACAACCACCACAAAAUACUCAUCCGUUACAACAGCAGCAGCAUAUGAUGCAACAUCAUCGACCACAAAUGCCGAAUGUUUCUUCCGUAGCCGGUGUUGUUGGUGAUGAAUACAACGAUUUAGCUCAGCAACAAAAUUCAAUGAUACAACGACAAAAAAUUCUCGAAACAGAUAUAGCACAGAUGCGAAAGACGAAAAAAUCAUUGAAUGCAAGGCAACGUCAAUGUCGAAAGAAUCAAACCGAACUAAAUGAUGCUGAUGCUGAAGAAUUAGCACGUGUUACUCAACGAAUUCAUGAAUUACAAAAACAAUUGGAUCAUGUUCGAAAAUAUAAUAAACAAAAUAAUGCUCUACAGGAUAAACGGAAAUCAACUAAUAAUGCUUCAUUACCUCAUUCGCCUAGUGCUCGGACACAAACACCACCACGGUCGGUAAAUUCACCUUUAGCUGCUUUGAGCACAUCUGGUCCAGGAACACCGCUAGGAAUAUGCCCAUCGACACCACAAUCACCAUCGUUAACUAGUCAAUCUCCAUCAUCAUUGAUGCAGAAUUCUCCAAUGUCUAGUUUACAUUCUCCAGCAUCGUUGUCAACAGCAAUGCCACAAUCACCGAUGACCAUUAAUAAUCCCGAUGCAUCAUCAAUGAUCGUAACACCUACUGGAAUGCCUAUUCGUCCACAGAUUGUUCAGGAUGACAAUAAUCCAUUUUCUGAUGUGUAUUUACAAAAAGAAAAGAAACAGCAACAAUCGUCAAUGUAUCAACAGUAUCAAUCAGGAUUUGAUGAUGGUCAACAGACACAACAACAACAGCAGCAACAGUAUUAUCAACAUCCUGGUCAAUCUCCAUAUCAAUCGAUGAAUCAGUCUUCACAAAUGGCUCCGAGAAAUUCAUUUCCACCACCUCAAAAUUAUCCACAACGAUUUCCAGGCCCCAGUGGUAGUGGAAAUCUAUCCGGCAUCAACACUCAUUUUGCCGCAACAGGUCAACAAUCACAACAACAACCAAUUACUUAUCAACAGCAAAUACGUAGACCCCCACCUCCACCUUACCCUGGAAAUCCUCAACAACCACCUAUGCAACAACAACAACAACAUCCGGUUUAUUGUUCUACUUCUGUAUCACCUGUUGGCGGUUAUCGUUCAGCUCAACAACAUCCACAGCCAAAUUCUCAACUUCGAAUGCAAAUGCGAAAUUCAGUUCCACCUCCAUCUUCACAAUCAAUGGACCCAUGUCCGCCGAUGAACAUGCAGCCAACCUCACAUUAUCAAGACUCUCAUAUGAUAAUGCCACAACCUCAAUCAACACGUGAUUCAUAUCAACAGAUGAAUUCAAUGAUGGAUUCUAUACCACCACCAAUGACGCCCAUUGUAGGCGAAGCUGAAACAACUAUAGAAUUCACUAUUUCUGAACAAGGUAAUGGAGUAGAUAAUGAAUCUGAUCCGUUUACAUUUCUUAAAGAAACGACUUCUGAGAAUAAAGCACAACAACAACAAGUAGAACAGCCAGAACAGCAACAAGAAGUUCUGCCAGGUGACAAUAAUGUGCAAUUAGAUUCGAAUCAGCCGUCAUUAUCUGAUAAUCCAAAUUCAGAAAACGUCAUUCAUACAGCACCCACAAGUGAUAAUUCAUUUCAAACAUCAUCUGAUCAUAUUCAUGUUGGUGAUCGGAAUGAUGCUAGCUCAAACCAUUCAGAAACCAUAAGCGAUCCAGCUACUUCUUCAGUGGAUCAAAUUCAAUCAGAUUCAUCUAUUAAUCGUUUACAGCAGCAGCAGCAGCAGCAGUCAUCGGAUGCAUGUUCAAUCAAACAGAAUGCAUUAUUAAAAAAACUUUUACAAAAUUGUCCAUCAGCUGAUCAUCUUAAAUCUAUGGCAUUAUUAAAUCAACAGAAAAAAAAUCAAUCAAAUGAAUCAAUAACAACUGCUGAUAACCAGCAACAGCAGCAACAACAACAAGAGCAACAGCAGCAGAGUUCAAGUUCAUCUGGCCAAAAGGAAAUUGAAUCUUUACCCAAUUCUUCUGAAAUUCUUAAUGAAUCCACUACUGAAAUGGAUAAAAUGCCAACGACUUUAAUCGAAAAUGAAACUACUAAAGAAUCAACCAUAUCAUCAACACCUGUUGUGGAAAACGCUACUACUCCUGCUGUCACACAGACAAACAAUGAUACUCCCAACACGCCUACCACCACCCCUGUGGUAGUAAAAAAACCAAGCUAUUUAGACAUAAGACGUGCUCAACUUGAACGUGAACCAACACCACCACCUGAAGAUAAACCAAAACGUAAACGAACCGUUAAACGUAAAGAAAGUCAAAAAAGUAAUGAUGGUGAUUCCAACCAAGAGGUAGCGACAAACGUUGGCUCAAAUAAUACCAAUUCGAACAAUUCAACUACAACGAUCAAAACGAAAAAACGUCAACGAAAAGGUUCUCAAACCAAAGGUGAUGAUAAUUCAAAUGAUUCACUAACUAGCAAUGAGAAAAUUCUCACAUCAAUCAUCAAUCAUAUUCGAACAUUACCGAUUGUACAGAUUGAUGAGCCUGAUGUUCAAGUCAACAUGAAUGUUUGUCUUCCACCGGAUUCAGUAGCUGGACUUAAUGUUAAAAAAACACAAUUAAAAGGAUGCUAUGGUAGUGCCUUUCUGCCAUCUCAAAUCGAUUACUAUUCAUACUAUCCUUUUGGACCGAAUAAACCAACACCAAUUAUGGCACCAAAUUCAAUUCAUAUGAAUUCCACUACAAAAGUUGGCUAUUAUCAAGAAGAAUUUGGCCGGUCUAUUCUUGAUUGUUAUAAAGAUCAACCAUGGAAAGAAUCAUUUUCAGUACAGAAAGAGAUAAAAAAUGAAUCAUUUUCGCUUUAUUCACGAGAUAUUGAUAGCCCAGAAACUAUAGUUUCAGCAUCAUCACCAGAAUGUAUGCUUUAUAAUCAUCCAAAAGAUGAAUAUAAUCGAAUGAAAUAUAUUAAUGAUGAUUCUGAUGUUGAUCUUGAUGAUGGUGAUUGUGAUGAAGAUCGAAAAUCACCAUUUCUAACAUUUUUACCGCUAUAUUCUGAUAGUGAAAACAAUAAAGAGAAUAAAUUUGAUGUGGACAAAGAUGAUAAUUAUUCAUCAAAAACAAAAUCAUCAUUAAUUAACAACAAAUAUGGCCAUCAACAACAAGGACCAUUAAAAGAAUCGGGAAAUGCACAAGUGGAAAUCACUUUGAUGAUUAAUCCUAAACAUAAUAUCAAAGAAGUGAUGGAAGCAUUGGCAAGAUUAUUGAAAUUAAAAUCAACAUUUAGUUAUAAUGUAGAAAAAUCACCAAAUUCAACCACAACAGAAGUGAUAGAAAUUUUCGCCAACAACAAUAAUUCAAUAAAUCAUUGUUGUAAAUUUUGUCAUUGUACCAUAGAAAAUCAACAACAAAGCUAUAAGGCCAAUGAUGAUCGAUCAUUAGAUCAUGGUUUAGAUCUGAUGGAUGAUGAUCAAUUUUGUAAUAAAGAAUGUUUCAAAAAUUAUGCAUUGACCAACAUGAAACUCAAAGAUGCUAAUAAUUACAAUCCAAUAAUAAAACAUGAAGAUAGUAUUAAUGAUGAUGAACAUAUGGAUAUUGCUGAACCAGAAUUGCUUUCAAUAUUCAGCAAUAGCAAUAGUCAAAACAACGUUAUUAACAAUAUUAAUGAUAGUGAACCUGGCACGGAUAUCGAAUCCAUUAUCAGUAUACAUGAAAAACAUUGGAAAAAUACACGAUAUUUAUACUGGACAAAUGAUUCAUUCAACAAGAAUGAAUCCAACAUUAAAUUGGAACAGACCGAAGAUAAUGAUGAUAAAUAUGAAUCAGUGGAAGAGUUAUUGGAUCGUUUGGAAAUUUGUUUGAAACCAAAUCGUAAUAGUCAAGAGAAGCGACAAUGUAUUUUUUGCCAUGAAUUAGGCGAUGGUAUUGCUGAUGGUCCAUCCAGAUUACUAAAUAUGGAUGUUGAUAAAUGGGUUCAUUUGAAUUGUGCUUUAUGGUCAUAUGAAGUAUAUGAAAUGUGUAACGGUGCAUUGAUGAAUGUAGAUCAAGCAUAUAAACGUGCUAUGAAUUCUGUUUGUGUUAAAUGUACGAAAUUCGGUGCUUCAAUCAAAUGUUUUCGAUUACGAUGUAAUAAUUCUUAUCAUUUUCCAUGUGCUAUCAAAGAAAAAUGUGUAUUCUAUACAGAUAAAACAUUGUUUUGUCCAACACAUUCAUCAAAAGGAAUGCCAUUUUUGAAUGCUGAAGAAAUGAAUUCAUUUGUUGUCAAUCGUAAAGUAUAUAUUAAUCGUGAUGAACAAAAACAGAUUGCUGCUAUGUUACAUCAAGGUGAUAAUAACUUGAUGAGAAUUGGAAGUUUAAUAUUUCUUAAUAUUGGUCAAUUAUUGCCACAUCAAUUACAAAAUUUUCAUACGGAAACUUGUAUCUAUCCGAUUGGAUAUAAAGUAUCAAGAUUUUAUUGGAGUCCACGACAUCUUGGUAAACGUUGCCAGUAUAUUUGUUCGAUUGGUGAACGUGAUGGAAAGCCAAUGUUCUUUAUCGAAGUCAAAGAAGAAGGUUAUGAAACUAUCACGUAUGAAGCAUGUACGCCUAAAUUAGCAUGGGAAAAAAUAAUCAAUUCUAUAGUCAUUCUACGUGAAGAAGCCCAAACGAUCAAAGUAUUUUUUGAUUUCGUUACUGGUGAAGAUUUGUUCGGCCUAAAAGAACCAUCGAUUAUUCGUAUAUUAGAAUCAUUGCCGGGCAUUGAUACACUUGAUGAUUAUAAAUUACGUUACGGGCGUUCACCAUGGUAUGAAUUACCAUUGGCUAUAAAUCCAAGUGGAUGUGCCCGAUCUGAACCAUUCAAACGAUUCCAUUAUAAACGACCUCAUACUUUACAUGUUUCAUCUACUAGUGUCCCUCAUCAUCGAUCAUCAACAUUGCCAUCUCCAUUGACAAAUUCCGAUUGUUCAUCACCAUAUGUUAAACCAUUUGCACCAUCCAAAGUAUCACAGUAUAGAAAAAUGAAACAAGAUUGGCGUAAUAAUGUUUCACUUGGACGUUCACGAAUUCAAGGUCUUGGUCUUUAUGCUAAAAAAGAUAUUGAAAAACAUACUAUGAUCAUUGAAUAUACUGGCCUAAUAAUUCGGAAUCAUAUUGCCGAUCGUAACGAAAGAAUUUAUGAAGAACAGAAUCGUGGAAUCUAUAUGUUUCGAUUAGAUGAUAAUCGUAUAAUUGAUGCAACACUUCAAGGUGGCCUUGCUCGCUAUGUGAAUCAUUCAUGUGAUCCUAAUUGUGUUACCGAUUGUGUUCAAAUUGAUCGAGAGAUUAAAAUUCUAAUUAUUGCUAAUCGUAAAAUUCAAAAAGGCGAAGAGCUUACAUAUGAUUACAAAUUUGAUGUUGAAGAUGAUCAACAUAAAAUUCCAUGUCUAUGCGGUGCUGCUAAUUGUCGUAAAUGGAUGAAUUGAUAUGUUU